ACUGAAGUCCAGAAGAUGAGUGAUUGUGUGGAGGAAGAGGAGGACGGAGCAGAGUCUCAGUCAUCUGACUGCGUGUCUAUGAAGAGAGACCAGUCCCACGAAAACCCAGACUCAGACUUCAAUAAUGAACCUGGACCCUCAGACACACAAUCCAGACCAGGACCUGGACUGCAGACAGCCAGUCAGACCAGCACUGUACAAGCAGAUAGUGGUCUGCAGGAGGUUUUAGAUGAACAUCAGAUCAGUCUGAGGAGGAGAUGUGAACGUGUGACUGAAGGAACUGAUGGAACAGGAAGUAGAACCCUCCUCAACAGGAUCUACACUGAGCUCUACAUCACAGAGGGACAGAGUGAAGAGGUUAAUACCCAACAUGAGGUGAGGCAGCUGGAGAUCAAGAUGGAGACCCUCCAUGACACUCCAAUCAGGUGCCAGGACGUCUUUAAAGCCUUACCUGACCAACAGAGACACAUCAGAGUGGUUCUGACCAACGGCGUCGCUGGUGUUGGAAAAACCUUCUCAGUGCAGAAGUUCACUCUGGACUGGGCAGAGGGCUUGGAAAACCAAGAUGUCAGUCUGCUGGUUCUGCUUUCGUUCAGGGAGCUGAACCUGAUCAGAGAUGAGCAGUACAGUCUUCUCACGCUGCUCCAUGUUUUCCAUCCAACAUUACAGAAGGUCACAGCAGAGAAGCUGGCUGUCUGUAAAGUUCUGUUCAUCUUUGACGGCCUGGAUGAAAGCAGACUUUCACUGGAUUUCAACAACAGGAAGGUUGUGUCUGACGUCACACAGAAGUCAUCAGUCAACGAGCUGCUGACAAACCUCAUCCAGGGGAAUCUGCUUCCCUCGGCUCUGGUCUGGAUAACUUCCAGACCUGCAGUGGCCAAUCAGAUCCCUCCUUCAUGUGUUGACAGGGUAACAGAAGUACGAGGCUUCACUGACCCACAGAAGGAGGAGUACUUCAGGAGGAGAUCCAGUGAUGAAGAGCUGUCCAACAGAACCAUCUCACACAUCAAGACCUCCAGGACCCUCCACAUCAUGUGUCAAAUCCCAGUCUUCUGCUGGAUCACUGCUACAGUUCUGGAGCACAUGUUGAGUACAGAGCAGAGAGGAGAGCUGCCCAAGACCAUGACUGACCUGUACUCACACUUCCUGCUGGUUCAGACAAAGAGGAAGAAGAACAAGUACCAUGAGGGACAUGAGACGAGUCCACAGGAGCUGACGGAGGCUGACAGGGAAGUUCUUCUGAAGCUGGGGAGGCUGGCGUUUGAACAUCUGGAGAAAGGAAACAUCAUGUUCUACCAAGAAGACCUGGAGCAGUGUGGUCUUGAUGUGACAGAGGCCUUGGUGUACUCAGGAGUUUGUACAGAGAUCUUCAAAAGAGAGAGUGUGAUCUUCCAGAAAACAGUCUACUGCUUUGUUCAUCUGAGCGUUCAGGAGUUUCUGGCUGCAGUCUACAUGUUCCACUGUUUCACCAACAGGAACACACAGGUACUGGAGGACUUCCUGGGAGAAGACUUUAAACAGAGAAACUCAGACCAAGAGUCUUUGCUCAAGGGGAUGUCUAAGAUUUUUGGAAAGAGUGAUCGCCGUGACUCAUCUCUAGAUGACUUCCUGAGGAGAGCCAUGGAGAAAUCCCUUCAAAGUGAAAAUGGCCACCUGGACCUGUUUGUUUGCUUCCUUCAUGGCCUCUCUCUGGAGUCCAACCAGAGACUCUUAGGAGGCCUGCUGGGUCAGACAGAGAACAGUCCAGAAAUCAUCCAGAGAGCCAUCAACAACCUGAAGGAGAUGAACACUCACAGAAUCUCUCCUGACAGAAGCAUCAACAUCUUCCACUGUCUGAUGGAGAUGAACGAUCACUCAGUUCAUCAGGAGAUCCAAGAGUUCCUGAAGUCAGAGAACAGAUCAGAGCAGAGACUCUCUGAGAUCCAGUGCUCAGCUCUGGCCUACAUGCUGCAGAUGUCAGAGGAGGUUCUCGAUGAGUUGGACCUGAAGAAGUACAACACAUCAGAGGAGGGACGACGGAGACUGAUCCCAGCUGUGAGGAACUGCAGGAAGGCUCGACUUGGUGGUUGUCGACUCUCAGAGACUCACUGUGAAGUUGUGGCCUCAGCUCUGAAGUCCAACCCCUCCCAUCUGUCUGAACUGGACCUGAGCCUCAACAGCCUGAAGGAUUCAGGAGUGAAGCUGGUCUCUGCUGGACUGGAGAGUCCUCACUGUAGACUGGAGACUCUGAGGUUGAAGUCCUGCAGUUUGUCAGAGAUCAGCUGUUCUUCUCUGGUCUCAGCUCUGAAGUCCAACCCCUCCCAUCUGAGAGAACUGAACCUGAGUAACAACAACCUGAAGGAUUCAGGAGUGAAGAAGCUGUGUGGUUUUCUGCAGAGUCCAGACUGUAGACUGGAGACUCUGAGGUUGAGUUUCUGCAGGUUGUCAGAGAUCAGCUGUUCUUCUCUGGUCUCAGCUCUGAAGUCCAACCCCUCCCAUCUGAGAGACCUGGACCUGAGCUACAACAAGCUGCAGGAUUCAGGAGUGAAGGAGCUGUGUGGUUUUCUACAGAGUCCAGACUGUAGACUGGAGACUCUGAGGCUGAAGUCCAGUAGUUUGUCAGAGAUCAGCUGUUAUUUUCUGGCCUCAGCUCUGAAGUCCAACCCCUCCCAUCUGAGAGAACUGAACCUGAGUAUCAACAACCUGUAUGAUUCAGGAGUGAAGAAGCUGUGUGGUUUUCUGCAGAGUCCAGACUGUAGACUGGAGACUCUGAGGUUGAGACGCUGCUGGUUGUCAGAGAUCAGCUGUUCUUCUCUGGUCUCAGCUCUGAAGUCCAACCCCUCCCAUCUGAGAGAACUGGACCUGAGUGAAAACAAAUACCUGCAGGAUUCAGUCCUGAAGCUUCUGUCUGAUCUUGUGAAGGACCCAGACUACAGACUGGAGACUGUGAGGGUCAGUGGCAGGGAGUUUAAAGCCUCCACAGACAAAACCUGUCGCUCUGAUGUCAAACUGGACCCAAGCGCAGCAGAUACAAAGCUGGAGUCUGUCUCUGAGGACGACACCAAGAAGCCAGAUGUCUGUGAGGUCGACACAGAGCUGAUGAAGCCUCCAACGAGCUUCACACCUGAGCUGCAAACUGAAUCUACACAAGUCUCCUACAGGUUCAGGUGUCCUGGUCCAGGUGGGUUCCAGUGUUCUUCGACUGGACUGGUGUUUGUUGUGGAUCAGGAGGCGGAGCUUCUCUACAGGACCGUCCAAUGGGACGAGAGUCUUCUCCAAUCAGCUGGGAAGAAAGCUGCAGGGCCUCUGUUCAGUAUCCAGUGUCCUGAGGCUGCUGUCUGUGAGCUGCACCUCCCACACUGUGAAACUAAGCAAGCGCUGCAGGUUGAAGGCCUGCUGUCUGUCGUUCACAUCUCUGAUGAUGGACUGAGCAUCUUGGAGCCUCUGGAAAUCACAGGUACUCAUGUGGUGGUGAAGGUCCCUCACCUCUCUGUCUUUGGCCUGGUCUGGGAUUUCAUCAAACGGUUUGUGAACAUCACACUCCCAGUCGAGGGUCAAGUUCUGCUGUUCCUGCGACCAGACGAAGGGCCUCGAAUACUCGAUGUGUUUCUGCUGCAGGGAAACAUCCCUCUGUCAGAGGUCGAGGCCCAACAAAGAGGUGCUAAAUACAUCAAGACCUCGUCUGAUUCUAACUGUAAACUGUACAUCGGUCAAAGCUACAGUGUCCACUGUGAACCCAACGACUUAAUACAGCCUGAGCGCAUCAACUUUCGCUCAAAGUAUGGACCAAAUUAUUUUCCAACAUUUGAAGUUUUUCUGACUUUGAACCCAGAGAGAGCAACUGUGAUGAUCCAAGACCAGGAGAGGACAGAAGUCUGGAGACGUAAUGUUCCUCUGACAGGUCCUGGUCCAGCAGGGACGUCCAGUGCUCCAGCUCAAAGUAUCCAGGAUCCCAAGAUGAAGUUGGACCUUAAAAAGAUCCUGGACCAUCUGAAAAAUGACGAGUUUGAGGACUUCAAGUGGCACCUGAAACAUGAAACGGUGAACAACGUCCCGCCCAUCACAGAGAGCGAGCUGGAUAAUGCAGAGAGGCGGAUCACCGUGGAUCUGAUGGUGCAGAAAUAUGGAGGUGGAGCUGUGCAGGUGAUGAGGAGAGUUUUAACAGACAUCAGCAGGAACGAUCUUGUGAAGCAGUUACCAGCUGUCGGCUCAGGAGCAGAAGGUCCUGGUCCAUCAGGGAGCUGAAGUCUGCCAGUUGAUCAGAGUGUGGGAACCUGCUGGACUGAGCUGGAGCAGUCUGAGUGGUGAUGGACUCAGCUCUGAUCUCUGCUCUCUGUGAGGAGGAUCCCUGCCUUUCCACAGAGCUCACAUUAAGAGGAAGCAAAGAGCAGAACCUGUGGAUGUGAUCCAUCCAGUCCCUCACAGCUUCUCCUCAGGGAUCCAUUUAAUCUGCUUCUAUCAGCUGCCUUUAGGCUCCACACAGACAAAAUCCAUCUGUACUUUAUUUUGAAAGUUCUAAACAGCCUUCCUUUAACAGGUUGUUGUGUUGGAAAUUCUCAUAUGAUUCAUGAUAAUUGUGAAUUAUUAAUAAUCUUGACCAUUUGUACUUGUACAAUUGUGUCUUAUGAAAUAUCACAUGCUCAGUACUUUUCCACAUGUCAGUGAGCUGACAGGGCACCUCGCCCAUCAAGGACAGGAGCUGGUACAGGGCUGCAUAGCUGUGUAAUCUCUGACACUUCCUCUCAGAGCUGCACUGUCGUGUAGUCUCCAGAAGAUGUUUUCCUUUUCGUCUCCAGACGUAACCUUGUUUCUUUUGCAUUUAACCUGUAAUCUUUUGUACUCAGUACUCAUUGUGCGUCUCAGUGGGUACAGUGCAGUACAGUGGGUCCAUUUGCAAACGUAAGAAUUAAACCGUUGACUCUGUGCUUCAUUCAACAGAAGAUUCAAA